UCACUCAUCUGCAUAGGGAGUGAGAUGCGAGCAGAGCCUGAAAUCCUCAGCGCGUCUCUGACAGAAAACAAAAAAACAAAACAUUGAACCCGCUGAUUGCUGCAUACAUCAGAAAACGAUCAUGGAAGGAGUAGGAUGUUACUAGCCUCCGCCGUGGUGGUAUGGGAAUGGCUGAACGAGCACGGACGCUGGCGGCCGUACAGCCCGGCUGUCUGUCACCACAUCGAGGCAGUCAUCCGGAGCGACCCGCGCUGUGGUAGCGUGGUCCUCGGCCAGGUGGACACUCGCCUGUCGCCCUACAUUAUCCAUUUACAUUCCAUGCACCAGUUCCGACAGGACACAGGUACCCUUCGACCUGUACGACGUAGCUUCUACGAUCCGUCUUCAGCACCGGGCCAAGGUUGGUUGUGGGAGUGGGAGAACGACGCUGGCAGUUGGGUCGCAUACGACACAGAGGUGGGCAUUGCCAUCCAAGCAGCUUGUGACCGCCAGCAGCCCUGGUUGGACCUGGCGCCGCUGGGAUUUUGCUAUCUGAUUGACUUUGAAAGCAUGACCCAAAUCAAUGGGCAGACGCAGCGCUGCCGACGAGUCCAGAGACGUGCCGAUCUGGCAUACCCGCUGGUGUCCGGACCUUUACCCAAGUCCCAUCUUGCAUGGGGACCUGCAUCCAUACCUGGCUAUGGAGGACUGCUCGGCAUUGAUGUUUCAGGUGUAGGCAUGGGGAUGAGGAUGAGCAACAGUGGGACUGGAAACGGGAGUGCCUACCCAAGUGGAGCACUUCCUGCUUCAGCCAUCACCUCUUUAGGACAACCCUGCGCCUGUCAGCAAUGUAUGUUGGUGCUAAGUCUCAAAGCAGGAACAAUGUCCACUGCCCACACUCUGGGGAGAAGACCACCACAGACUAAGCCACCGAGUCCAAAAUUAAGUAGUUACCCCAUCCCAGGAAGUUCCUAUUCUCUGACCCUCCCCCGACCCCCAUCGUUGUCAUCGAGAUCUCUCUCUCCUCACAGGACUUCUGGACUUGGGGCUACUGGUGGUUACAAUGUCAACAGUACAGGAGGGUUGGGUGUUAUCGGUGCUGGUGGCGUUGGCAGUAACACCUUUGGGUAUGGAAGUAGCUUUACACACUCGUUUUCCCUCCUCGGGCCAGCUACUGCUGCUCUCUCCAUCUCCUCAACUCGUCCUCCACCUCCUCCUUUGCCACCUCCUCCUCCACCGCCUCCUCCACCCUCUACAGCUUCCUUUUCGGUCCCCAUCCCUCCAACUCAAACCGUAGGCUCCUCCUCCCUCUCCGUUUCGUGUCAGGCCCCAUCACAGCCAACCCCCGCCCAAUCUCUCAUCUCCACGGCCACCUCCACCUGCACACCGUCGCCUUCUGCCCGUGUUCUCGGACCAGUGUCUUCUUCUGGUGCUGCUGCCUGCUCAGCCCCCUUGCCACCAAGGUCUAGCCUCGCCGGCCUGAGUCGUCCUGCCCUGCAGCGUAUUGCCAUGGCUCAGUCACGCGCACUAAUUGCCUCCGGAGUGCCAACAGUUCCAGUAAAGAACCUAAAUGGAUCCAGCCCUGUGCAUCCUGCCCUGGCAGGUAUUACAGGCAUCCUGAUGAGUGCAGCAGGACUUCCUGUCUGCCUCACCCGCCCUCCUAAGCUGGUACUCCACCCCCCACCUGUCAGCAAGAGUGACAUCAAACCUGUGCCCGGCUUGGGCCACUGCUGCCGCAAGACCACAAAGAAGCAGGCCCGGAAAGGCAAGACUCCAGAGGAAGUGGUGAAGCGAUACCUUCAAAAAGUCCGUAAUCCUCCUGAGGAGGACUGCACCAUCUGCAUGGAGGCCCUAUCGGGACCUUCAGGCUACAAGGGUCCUGGCGUGGGUGGCAUCUCCCGAGCUGAGUCGGUGGGCCGCUUGGCGCAGUGUGGCCACCAGUACCACCUCCAGUGCCUCGUCGCCAUGUACAACAAUGGCAAUAAGGAUGGCAGCUUGCAGUGCCCCACCUGCAAGACCAUCUAUGGAGUCAAGACAGGCAACCAGCCCCCAGGCAAGAUGGAGUACCACGUCAUCCCGCACUCGCUGCCUGGCCAUCCAGACUGUAAAACCAUCCGGAUAAUCUACAACAUCCCUCCUGGUAUCCAGGGCCCUGAGCACCCAAAUCCAGGAAAACCGUUCACAGCGCGUGGAUUCCCCAGACACUGUUAUCUCCCUGACAGCGACAAGGGUCGCAAGGUUCUGAGGCUGCUCCUGGUAGCGUGGGAUCGCAGGCUCAUCUUCUCCGUGGGAACGUCCAGCACAACCGGUGAGUCUGACACAGUGAUCUGGAACGAGGUGCACCACAAGACAGAGUUCGGCUCCAACCUCACCGGCCACGGCUACCCUGAUCCGGGUCACCUGGACAACGUGCUGGAGGAGCUGAGGGCUCAGGGCAUCACUGAGGAGGAGUGCCUACACAGAGACUAAGCUGGAAGAUGCUUGGAGCACAAACAACAUGAUAAAAGAAGACCUUUGAACUAUUUUUCUGAUAAAGGGAACCGAUUGAUUGUGAAUUAACUGUUCAGAGACUCUGCAGGAAUAGUUUCAGCUUCAGAGGCACACUUUUUCUCCCCCUGUUUCUGAUGCAGAAAAAGAAUUAAGGUCACAGGGCUUAUGUAAGUCCAUAAAAAACAAACACCAGUCUUUUUACUACUGAGAGGACAUCAUUAGAGAAAGGCUUCAUAAGAAUGUAACUGAGAAUUUCAGUCAUUUCUGACGUGUUUACUGCUGUUGCUGCUUUGUUGGACUCGGAGAGGAAUUUUAAAGAAGGUAAAUGCUUUUGUUUUUUGUUUCCAAGUCCUAGUCAGCAAAGCCAGUUGUAUUAAACCAAGUGUUUAAAAGGAUUUCUGAGCAUGGAUGUUUGCUGACCUCUGGUGGUACGUUUUUAAAACUACCCCCCUUUUCUUUUUCCUCUUUUUUUUUUGUCUAAUUUAUAAAUGUAUUCUUAUAUAUUGCAAAUACUUGAUAUAUGAUGUUGGCUACAUUCAUUCUUGUUUUUAUAUUUUAACUACUAAUAUGAUAUAUGUUGUAUCACUGUGUUCUUUCAUUGGUUUAUGCCGAUGAUGUGCUGAUGUACAAAAGUCUAUGUUCUUUAUAAACAGCCAUUUUCAGGAUUUUGUAUUUUGACAAGCUCACAAAUGGACAUUCCCUAACCAUUUAUGGCUCAGAGUAUGUGUGAUUUUUAAAAGCAUUCGUCGUCUUGUUCAGGACUGAAAGAGGAAAGCCUUGAAUCGUGGAUUAUAGUCCCUUCAGGGGGGGGGAACAAAUUCCCCAAAAAACUAGGAUUAAGACCCCCUCCCUUCCUGAGCUUGUAUUUGCACAGAGCUUUCUACUGAGCAUCAGAGGAAAUUAAGAUAAUAGUUUUAGUGUCUAAGACCCCAAAAGACACCAGCCUUUAGUCACAGUGCAGAUUUCUGUUUUCUUAUGUUCACUUUUCAUCAUAUAAAACAUGCAAAAAGACUAUCAUGAGGUGGAUUUGAUUUUGGCCAAAGUGAGUUUGCAUUCAGUGGACUGUUUUACUGUGAGGAAUGUUGGGAUAUACUAACGAGGGUCAACAUUUAUACUUUAUGUGUGUUUUAUGUGGAGAAUAAUAAAU